AUGAGCACCGAUGCGACCAUGACGUCGUGUCUGAACCUCAUGCGUCGUCUGCCGCCGCGGGAGGUGGCGACGAACGUGUACGACCUCACGCGUCUUGUACCGUCACUGGCGGAUGAGUUGUACCAGCGCGUGGACCAGCCGCUGGAAGUAGCGGUAGAUACCGCCAAUGGCCGCAAGUAUUUACGCUGCGACUAUAACCGCGACGAAGAUUCGUACCGGUCACCGUGGACAAACCGGUACGAACCGGUACUCGCCGACGGAAUCGGUUUUUAUCCGCCAGCAACACUGCGCGAGCUCGAAAUCCAAGCAAAUGAGAUUUUUGACUCGUAUCGGGAAUUGUACUACCAGGGAGGCAUCUCGUCCGUGUACAUGUGGGACUUGGAGCCCGCCGGCUUUGCUGCGUGUUUUCUCGUCAAGAAGGACGUGGUCGAGCAACGGUUCGUGCAGAACGGAUCGUGGAACUCGAUUCACGUGAUUGAAGUGCAGGAAACCAACAGUGAAGAGGGAGUGGCAAAAGGUGGCAAAGAAGCCACGUACCGUCUGACGACGUCGGUGUUGUUGACGAUGAAGGUGGAUCGAGCGGGACUCGGCGAGUUGUCGCUCGAUGGGACACUCACUCGACAGACUGAACGCACGAUGGCGUUUGAAGACCAAUUUGCCCAUGUGUCGAAUAUGGGCCGCAUGGUCGAAGAUAUGGAGAUUGACAUGCGAUCGAGCUUGGACGGACUGUACAUUGCGAAAACGCGAGAAGUGAUCAACGGGAUGCGGAAACUACAGCAGGGACCGGCGCUCGCCACUCCGUUUGUUGGUGAAUUGGCUGGCGCUGUGCUCAAGCACGGACAAAAGCAGCUUCCGCAGGGGUAA